GGGUUUCGAGUGCCUGCUCAGCUUUCCACGCGUGCUCUUGUGAUGCUGCGAGCUGAUUGGGCCAAAUGCGCACGACAGGCUCUCCCACCCGGGCUCACUCACUUGCAUUCACUCAUUCAGUCAGAGUUGGACUACCUGCGUCUCACUCACUCACUCACUCACACGAGUGGACCUCACCUGAGGGGGUCCACGAUGCGCGCGCACUGCGUGAUGAUGGCAAUAUUUGGCGCGCGUUUCGAUCUCGUGCGCACUACGAGAAGUGGCGGGGAGGUGUGAGCUCGCCUGUACCCACCACCGUCUCGACCACCACCAUGGACUGUCUGCUGCUUCUCAUUUGGACUCUACCCAUGCCGCUGGUCGGCUGCGCCCCAGGACGGCUGCUCUCCACCCUGCUGACCUGGAGCCUCACCAAGACUUUGAACACUUGCUGCACACACGCCUCCCUGCACACGGUGUCAGACGGCUACUUUUCGUCUUUCUCCUCUUCUUCCUCCAGUAGCCACGGUUUGAAUCAUGACUAUGCCUUCGCCACCCCGGUGGAGGUUGACUCUCAAGGACGGUACCUGAGCCACGAUGUGAGCCGCCGCAGUAGGAGGUCCGUGUCGCACUCCUCAUCCGUGCACUAUCGCCUCACUGUCUUUGGCCGGGACGUGCACCUGGACCUGCAGCCGUCCUUGGUGGUUGGCCCGGGCUUCACAGUGCAGACGCUGGGCUCGGGCGGCAUCACCACAGUAACCGGAGGCGAGGGGUACCAUGACUGCCUCUAUCAAGGAUUUAUCCGGAACCUGUCGUCCUCUUCGGCGGCCAUAUCGACGUGCUCGGGGCUGUCAGGUUUGAUCCGUGUGACUGAGCACGACUACUUGAUCUCGCCUCUACCUCAACAUCUGGCCAAACAUCACAACUACAGUGCGCCUGACGGUCACCAACCACACGUCAUCUACAAACGCUCAGCUGAACACGUGGUCCGCGAACGGGCCGGCGACCCUUCGGGUGUCGGUCCGUCCACGCAGCACCAGGACCACCAUCAACACCAGGAUGAUCUACAUGGGAGCACACAAAAGCAACACUUCUGUGGGCGCCGCAAGCAAUACACCCCCAAACCUCCCAUUGAGGACCCUUUUCUGACGCCAGAUGAGUUUGACACUUCUGACGACGAGGGCCCGGGAAGGCUAAAGCGGUCCCCUAUUGACUCCAACCGGGUGGGAGGUCUGAAUGUGGAGACCCUGGUGGUGGCGGACAGGAAUAUGCUGGAGAAACACGGCCGGGAGAAUGUCACCACCUAUAUCCUCACCGUCAUGAACAUGGUUUCCAGUCUUUUCAAAGAUGGCACCAUCGGGACAGACAUCAACAUUGUGGUAGUUAGCUUGUUGCUACUGGAACAGGACCCACUGGGCCUGACCAUCAAUCACCAUGCUGACCAGUCGCUCAACAGCUUCUGCCAGUGGCAGUCGGGCUUGGUGGGCAAAAGCGGUAAACGGCACGACCACGCCGUCCUCCUCACUGGACUCGACAUCUGCUCCUGGAAGAACGAGCCCUGCGACACCCUGGGUUUUGCUCCAAUCAGCGGCAUGUGCAGCAAAUACAGGAGCUGCACUAUCAACGAGGACACAGGACUGGGCUUGGCGUUCACCAUUGCUCACGAGUCCGGACACAAUUUCGGGAUGAUACAUGACGGUGAGGGUAACCCUUGUCGCAAAACCGAGGGCAACAUCAUGUCACCCACCCUUGCCGGCAACAACGGGGUGUUCUCUUGGUCCACCUGCAGCCGCCAGUACCUCAAUCGCUUCCUCGGGACGACCCAGGCGUCCUGUCUGGUGGACGAGCCCAGGCAGAUAGGUCAGUACAAAUAUCCCGAGAAGCUUCCCGGGCAGCUGUAUGAUGGAGACACACAGUGCAAGUGGCAGUUCGGCUCCAAGGCCAAGUUGUGUAGCCUUGACUUUAUUAAGGACAUCUGCAAGUCGCUGUGGUGUCACCGCACGGGCCACCGAUGCGAGACCAAGUUCAUGCCUGCCGCUGAAGGCACGAGCUGCGGCCCAGACAUGUGGUGUUUGCGUGGCCAGUGUGUCAAAUACGGGGACCACACCCCCAAGGCGGUUCACGGCCAAUGGUCAGCCUGGUCCCAAUGGUCUGAAUGUUCCAGAACGUGUGGAGGUGGGGUCAUGUACAGGGAGCGCUCCUGCAGCAGUCCAAGGCCACAGCAUAACGGCAAAUUCUGCUAUGGCCCCGGCCGCCAAAACCAGCUGUGCAACACCCGCCCGUGCCCGCACAACAGCGUGGACUUCCGGUCUCAGCAGUGUGCAGAGUACAACAACAAACCCUUCAGGGGCUGGUACUACAAGUGGAAGCCGUACACCAAAGUGGACGAUGAAGAUGUCUGUAAGCUGUACUGCACGGCUGAGGACUUUGACUUUUUCUUCGCCAUGUCCAGCAAGGUUAAAGACGGCACCUACUGCUCUGACCGCAAGGGCGAUGUUUGUAUUGACGGCGUGUGCGAGGCGGUUGGUUGCGAUCAGAUUCUGGGAUCUAAGGCCUCUCUGGAUGCGUGUGGUGUGUGCAAGGGAAGCAACUCUACGUGCAAAUUCUACAAAGGCACAUACACGCUGCAACACAGGGCUAACGAGUAUUAUUCCAUGGUAACCAUCCCCCCGGGUGCCCGGAGCAUUCGCGUGGAGGAGAUGGCGGUGUCUACCAGCUACCUGGCAGUGCGUUCUGUGAAGAGGAAGUACUACCUGACUGGCGAUUGGACGGUGGACUGGCCGGGAAAGUUCCACUUCGGAGGGGCCACAUUCAGCUACCAGCGCUCCUUCAGAAAGCCUGAGAGCUUGUACGCGGCCGGGCCCACCAAUGAGACGCUGGUGUUUGAAAUUCUCCUGCAAGGCAAGAACCCCGGCGUGGUUUGGGAGUACACACUGCCUCGCACCGAGAGGAAGCCAGACUACAGCUGGGGUGCGGUGCGCUCCGACUGUUCCGCUCCCUGUGCCGGAGGUCGCAUUUCUACCAAGGCAAUUUGCCUGCAGGACCAGAAAGUUCACGUCAACGCCACAAUGUGCAAUCCGCUCACGAGACCCACGCUGGGCUCGCACCUCUGCAAUAUGCAGCCCUGCCCUGCAUACUGGUGGACAGGAGAGUGGGCGACAUGCAGUCGUUCGUGCGGCGGAGGCCAGCAGAGCAGGACACUGCGCUGCAUGAGGAAGGUGACCUACCAGCGGGAGGAGGCGGCGGCGCACUCCCUCUGCCCUGUCGUCUCACCGGGGCAGCUGCGGCCCUGCAACACUCAGGCCUGCCCGCCUGGCUGGAACGCGGGAGCCUGGACGCAGUGCUCCAAGAGUUGCGGCCGCGGACUGAGGAAGCGAAGCGUGUUCUGCCAAAGCGGCGACCCCGGGACGGCAGCGGCGGUGGUGCCCGACAGCAUGUGCAGACAGAACCAGCGACCCAAAGCCCAGGAGAGCUGCGUCCUGCGCCGCUGCCCCAAGAACGACAGGCUCCAGUGGACGCAUACUUCCUGGGGAGAGUGCUCCAAGUCAUGCGGUCCGGGCCUCCAGAAGCGAGAGCUCCGCUGCGGGGAGAAAGAUUUCCAGGGCAGGUUUAUGGAGUUUCCCGCGAGGAGAUGCAGGAACCUUGCCAAACCCUCAGCGGAUCUCCAGCAGGGCUGCAACCGAGGACCGUGCCCCGAGCUGGCCCAAGUCCUGGCGGGCAGGACCGUCCCCAGCGCCGUGGUGUCAAGCUGGUACUCUUCUCCAUGGCAACAGUGCUCGGUGUCCUGCGGCGGGGGCGUCCAGACUCGCAACAUCCAGUGCCUGCGUCAGGGUCGUCCGGCGGCCGGCUGCCUGCCCCACCAGCGACCAGUCGCUUCGCGGGCCUGCAACACUCAGUUCUGUCCCCGCGGCGUCCCGCCACCACAGCACCAUAACCGGGUGACAGCUGCAGGGACCACACUGAGAGGCGAGCCCCCCUGCGUGGACCACUUCAGCUGGUGCCACCUGGUCCCCCAGCACGGUGUCUGCGGCCACAAGUUCUAUGGAGAUCAGUGCUGCCGGUCCUGCACCGGCAGGAGGCUCUAGAGCUCCCCCUACUGAAGAAGGAAAGGACCCGGACCAACCCUGAAGCGGACCUUUUAGAACUCAGAACACAUAGAACUGCACCCGACAGAAUGUGUGUGUCCUUCCUGGAGUACUUGACUAAUGAACUGAGUAAAGAUGUAAGAAGAGAAGAUCAACAAACUGGAAAAGUAACAUUUACCGUCUGUGGGACAUUUGAGCGCUCCUCUUUUGCUGUUAUUAGCUCGCCUCUAUCGUGUGUUUCAAGGAUCCGAUGCCUUUAUUUAACUUAUUGCGCAUGGCGUUAUAUUGUGCAGUGGAUCUGUGACGUGUAACUCACCCACAAUAGACAUUCUCCACAUGAUGACAUUUUGUAUUUUUAAUUUUUAUAAUUUAGUUUUUUUAAAAAUUUUUUAAUGAAGAAUUAUUAGCAUUUGGUGCACUUCUCCUGGUCCUGUUUUUCUGCUUCCUGUUGCUGUAGCACCACCAGGACCUUCCAUGCGUGUUGACAUGGUGGAAAACAUGCUUUUGUGUGCGCGUCUCUCCUGUAUCGCUUUGAUAAUAAUACAGCUUGUUCGAGAAGCAACCUCUUUUGGUUUUGAUUGAUGCCUUAUCGGAGGGGUCUCGAGGUGACAGUCGAGGUCCAAAAAGUUUGUUUUACUAUGAUUUUUUCAUGUCAGAACAAGAUUCUAUUGGUUAAAGAGCAAUGCACUAUGUCAAAGCAAGACCUCUUGAUUUUGAUGGUCAAACCAGAACCUAUAGUAUGACAUGUCAAUCACAGAGUGUAGUGACUGUGUUUACCAGUAAAUGAGAUUGCAUCACAGCUCCAGCAGCCACCAGCCAAGAUCGUUAUUGACUCGACUCAUCCUCCCUUUUCUGCCUCCAAACUUUUCUUUUUCAGCGACUCGCUGCCGCUGUUGUCAUUGCUCUUUAAUCAAAGCGUGCAAGCCGCUUAUUAUUUUGGGCUUCGUAAUGCGCCUGCAUACAUUUUCAAUGGGAGACAGGUCUGGACUGCUGGCAGGCCAGUCUAGUAAUCGCACUCUUUUACGAAGCCACACUAUUGUUACAUGUGCGGAAUGUGGUUUGGCAUUGUCUUGCUGAAAUAAGAAGGGGCAUCGCUGAAAAAGACGCUGCUUGGAUGGCAGGAUAUUUUGCUCCAAAACCUGUAUGUACUUUUUAGCAUUAUUGGUGCCUUUGCAGAUUUGUUACUCUUGGCAUAGGCAAUAACCCCCUACCCCCCAUACCAUCACAGAUACUGGAUUUUGAACUUUGCACUGAUAACAAUCAAGAUGGUUCUUUUUCCAUUGGGCCGGAGGACACAACGUCCAUGAUUUCCAAAAACAAUAUAAAAUGAGGACUCGUCAGACCAUAGCACACUUUUCCACUUUGUGUCAGUCCAUCUCAGAUGAGCUCGGAACCAGAGAAGCCGACGCAGUUUCUGGGUGUUGUUGAUAUAUGGUUUUUGCUUUGCAUGGUAGCGUUUUAACGACCAACUGUGUUAACUGACAAUGGUUUUCUGUAGUGUUUCAAAGUCCAUGUGUCAAUAUCCUUUACACAAUGAUGAUGGUUUUUAAUGCAGUGCUGCCUGAGGGAUCAAAGGUCAUAGGCAUUCAAUGUUGGUUUUUAUCCUUCACCAGACAUUUCGCCAGAUCCUCUGAAUCUUUUGACAUUAUGAUGGACCGUAGCUGAUGAAAUCCCUAAAUUCCUUGCAAUUGUACGUUGAGAAACAUUCUCAUGCAGUUGUUCACAAAGUGGUGACCCUUGCCCGCCUCAAUUGUGAACAUACAGUAUAAUAGCAAAUUAAAGGAAUAUGCCUUCUAGUGGCCGUAAGCAGUAUAGGGUGGACUAGCAUAACAAUCUGUGUUUAGAUGACGAAAAGGAAUGGCUUAGCAAGCAAGCUGUCUUUUGCAUUGAAGUAGCUUUAAAGCACAACUUUGCCCGGGUUUUCUAAAUACGAAAUAAGCCACAAAGUCUGCCACCUCGCACAGGCAUGUGUACAUGUCGUAUGAUCAAAGUGAUGGAUGCUCUUUCCAGUUAUUCACGAUUACUCCCAUCUUGCACAAUAGAAAUUAACGCAAUGACCUGAAAAAACCCACAGAGUCAAACAAAUA